CACAUCUCAGGCCCUCUAGAAACCUAGGAUUCAUCUCAGAUGUGUAUUGACCCAGCCUUGACUUGGCCCUACGCAGCCCUCCCCACAGCCUGGUCCCACUCUGACCCAGCUGCCCCCACCUGGACCCCACCCUGGUCCUGGCCUGCCCUCUCGCUGACCCAGCAGAACCCUUCUUGACCCAAUCUUGACUCUGCCCAGACCCCGCAUGAGUCUACUCUGCCCCAGGCCUCGCCCCCACAUCACUCACAAAGGGUAGGAUGUAGUCUGAGGCCAUGGCCAGCCUCCCAACCUCCUAGAACCCCUCCAACUGUCAUAGAACCUCCUCCUGGCCCCAGCUGAAGGCCAGGUUGAAUCCCUGAGCUGUGCCCUUCAACAGCAAGAGAGACCAGGAAACAUAAAGACAAAGAGUGACAAAAAUGCCGAAGGAUCGAGCUUAAAGCCAAGAGGGAAACCACAGAUCUUCCAGGGGGUGUGGAGGUGUCUAGAAGGAAGAACUGAGGCUGUUAGCAGACUGAGAGCCUGGCCCUUUCCUGCACCUCCACAUGUCUGAGGAGGCUCAAUCUAACCUGCAGAGCGCUCAGCCAUUAGCUCCCAGCAACACUCAAGAUGAGCUUGAUGGCUCUCUGCCAAUUACCUACCGCCCCCAAUUCAGCACCCUAUUACACCCUCUACCCAUUGUCCAGAGCCAACCAGUGAGUACCCAAAAGUCUCCACUGGCCCCCAGCAAUCACCAGAUCAGUGUCCAAACGCUUCCACCAGCUGUCAGCACUCAGCCCAUCCAUCUCCAAGACCCUUCAUCAACUGUCCACAGCUACCAGCCCAGAAUCGAAGAAUCUCCAACUGUCCACAGUCCCCGGGUCAGUAUCCAAGAGCCUCCACCAGAUAUCCACAGUAGCCAGGUCAGCAUUGAAGAACCUUCACCUACUACCCAUGGUCGCAGGGUCAGUAUCCAAGAGCCUCCACCUGCUACCCUCGGUAACCAGGUCAGCAUCCACGAGCCUCCACCUGCUACCCAUGGUCGCAGGGUCAGUAUCGAAGAGCCUCUAUCUACUACCCAUAGUCGCCGGGUCAGUAUCCGAGAGCCUCUACCUACUACCCAUGGUCGCAGGGUCAGUAUCCAAGGGCAUCCACCAACUGCUCACAGUCACCGGCUCAGUGUCCAAAGGCCUCCACCAACUGUCCUUAGUCAUCAGCUCAGUAUCCAAGAAUCUCCACCUGAUAUCCACAGUUGCCGGCUCACUGUCCAAGAGCUUCUACCAACUACCCACAGUCACCAGCCCAAUAUCCAAGAAUCUCCACUAACUGACCACAGUCACAAGCUCAGUCUCCAAGAAUCUCCUCCCCUGAACAAUACUCAUUCAGUUUGCCACAUCAGCCAAUCCAAUAUCUGCCUGACAUCGACUCAGACUCCCAGCUUCACAAACAAACAAACCCGGCCCAGUGUCCAUGUCCCCCCAUCCAUUACCCAGAGCCCCACAGCCAGUAUUGACAGCAUUGAAUCAGUUAACUGGAACUCCCAGGCGAUUCCCAAAGAAAGUGAGCUCAGCUCCCAACUCAACCAGACCAGUCCUGAUGAUGCACUCAACUUCUUGUCAGGCAGCACCACGGGCAUCGAUUCUGGCAUCGAUUCUCACAGGUUUCAGAAAAGCCGUAGCCGUCAGGUACGGCUGCCCAUAUGCUGGCGCCUGCUGCAUGAGGCCCGGAAGAUCAGCCGCCAGCUGAGCCUGGUCCUGAACCUGGCCGGCCUGGUAAUCAUCGGUCUCAUCUCUCUGGGCCAGCCCUGGAUGCACUUCCAGGUCCCACUGACGCCCCCUGGGCACCCUGCUGGCUCUCCGACCGUGCCCAUCAACACCAUCCUCUUUGUGGCGUGUUCUGACAUCUCCUGCCUGAAGGAGUAUGACCAGUAUGCUUACUUGCUGGACCUUGCCUGGGCCUUCUUCUUCAUCUCCAGCAUCACCAGCUUCUGCCUCUGUGUGGCCCUAGGACUCCUCAUCUUCUUCUCCAGUUCCAAACUGCCCUGGCUGGACUUCUUCCUCUUUAUCGGCAGCAUCGUUACAGGGACUAGCAUCGCACUGGGUGUCCUGUUCUACCUGUGGCAGGCUGACAGGUACCUGCAAGAAGGCAUGACCUACAGGCUCGGGAUCAGCUUCUACCUGGCAUGGAUCGGCAUCUUCCUGUUCCUGAUGACUGGCUUCUUCUCCUAUCUGAAUUACAUGAAUUUCUGGUCUAUCCUGGCACUCCAGGCUGUCUGGACUUAGGACGCAGGAAUGGUCUCACCAGUGACCUACAGGCAUGGCUCCUCGUCAAGCACCCACUCCAGAGCCAUCCCCUCCAAGAGUCUUGUACUUUUUCAGCCCCCUUGAUACCCCUCAUUCCAG